AUGUCGCUGUACUCGCUCCAGCCCCUGUCUCGCCUUUUCAGACGGCGAUUCGCCCACUCGCUGCAGAGAUUCUACAGCGCGAGGUCAAGAGCCCCUGCCUUCACGACAGUGCCGGCCUGCCCGCCAUCAACAUGCGAGUGCGCUGCGACGCCCGCGAUGCCAGACGGGCUCGAGAUAGACCACAAGGGCAAGCUGAACGGACUCAUCUCAAAUUACAACGAGCAGGUGCUGAUCUGCACGGGCAAGGACGACUGGCCGUCGCGGAUCGAGGAAGACAACAGUGGCGACAACCUCGCUGCUGAUCUAAAGGAGUUGUUCGGGCGGGGCGGUGUCUACAGUGACCCUUUUCACAACAUAUCAGUACUCAACUCAUCCUUCGCGUCCUCUGUCCCCGCGAGGACGGAGCUUGUCUCGACGUCCGUCUAUCUCCUGCCCAGCUUCAAGUAUGUGCCUUUUCUGCCAAGGGUUUCUUUCGACAGUGUCGAGGCGCUGGCGAAGGGCUUCUUGCUCCCGGAGAAGCUGCACUCUGCGCACGAUGGUCUGUCGCCUAUACAUCGCGACAGGUUGACGCGCAAGCCAAUGUAUGGCCAGCUGCUCCCGGGUGUGAGGGACGUCGAGGACAUCUUGGUUCUUAUUUGCGGUCAUGGAGGGAGAGACAUGCGCUGCGGCGUGAUGGGCCCGGUGCUCAGGAGUGAAUUUGAGACUCAGCUAGCUCACCAGGGAGUCGAGGUGCUUCGUGGUCCUGUUGUGAUCGAUGCCUCGAGUGACGCCGAAGCCAUCACAGGCCCGGUUCAGAAACCGGCCCUGGCGGCACGCGUUGGGCUUAUAUCUCACAUUGGGGGUCACAAAUUCGCUGGCAACAUCAUCAUUUAUCUGCCACCUUCCUUGAAAAUGGCCAGUGGAGACAAACAUCCUCUGGCUGGACAUGGCAUAUGCUGCGGUCGAGCCGUUGCUUCUAAGCAUGGCAAGCCUGAAGCUGACGAGGUCGGCAAUGCUAUGUCGGUUCGCGGACUAUCUACAUACACCACCACACCCACUCCACAGUACCAAGAGGAGAGACUCAGCGCUCCAUCUUAUCCUGCCCGCCCAAGGGGCCCCGUACGAGGCUUCGCAAGCACCACGUUGAAGCGCAACACGGCAAGUCCAAAGAACCAUGAGAAAAAGACACGAACUGGCCGACCACUAGCCAUCUUGACAAUCGCCAUAUUGGGCGCAGCCCUCUUGAGCGCCACAACCGACGUUGGCAGCGGAACGCCCAAAGGCGUCCUCAACGGCGAGAGCUUCGUCCCCUUCAAGGUCGUCUCCACAGAGCGGACCUCACCCACCACUUUCAUCCUGACUAUCUCAGCGCCGACGCCGCACCAAGCCACCAACGCCACCCUGAUCCAGGGGGCCUGGGCCCACGGCCUGUGGUCCGUCGAGAUCAAGCAGCCGCAGCUGCAGAUCGCGCGCAACUACACGCCCCUGCCCCCGGCCGUCGCCACCGCCGGCGGUGAUGGUGACGGCCCCAAGGCGACCCUGCGCUUCCUCGUCCGCAGGUACGAUGGCGGCGAGAUGUCGACGUAUUUGUCCCGGCUGGGGCCAGGCGAUGAGGUCUGGCUGCGCGGCCCACACCUCGGCUUCGACGUUGACGCGAGGCUCGGAGCGGCGGGGGAGCGCGUGGUGUUCCUGGCCGGGGGCACGGGAAUCGCGCCCGCGCUGCAGGCGGCGCGGCACCUACUGCUCUCCGCGCGGGAGGGCAAGGGGCGGAAGGUGUCGAUGGAGAUUAUUUGGGCGAACAGGGCGCGGGCCGACUGCGCCGGGUGUCCGCGGCUUCCGGGGGAGGUGAAGGGUUUCUGGGGGCGAUUGUCUUCUGCCGUCGCCGGCGGGUCUGCGCCGCGCGAGGAUCGCGACUUUGACGGACUCGGUCAUCCUGUGGUGCAGGAGCUGCGGGAUUUGCAGGCCGCGUACAGGGCUCGGGGCCACGAGCUAGAGUUUAGGUGCGUCGCGGACGACGAGGGCGGCGCAAUCAGCACCGCAGAUGUCACGAGGGCAGUCCAGUACACGCGCACACUGCCACCACCGACCGCAUUGGUCGCGUCUGUAUUGCGGGCGCCGUGUUAUUUUCACUCGCAGCGGCAGCUCCAGCAUAGCACGCACGAGUCUGACGCCGGCGAGGACGGGUUGAAGGGCCAGGGCGGGUCCGGGACAACUAUGAGGGAGUGUGCGUGUGGUGACAAGGGCGCAAGCGGCAAACACCUGCUCAUGAUAUCAGGGCCAGACGGUUUCGUCAGCGCAUACGUGGGACGUAAGGUAUGGGCGGAUGGAGCUGAGCGACAGGGUCCCGUGGGAGGGCUCGUCCGCAAGCUCAUGGAGAAGAGCCCGGAGGCCUGGAGAGACUGGCUUGUACUCAAACAAUAA